GUGAGGAGAGCACUAUACUUACAAUAUGGAGGAAAGAUGAAUCAGACCCAGAUCAUUGUAAGGUGUAUAUAAGCAGUUGGUACGCGGCUUGUGUUGUAUUCAUGAAUGCUGAGGCCAUACAACAGAUACAAUGAGUUGUAGGGGUGGAAUAGUGGCCAUUUACAAGAGAUUCAAGCCACAUCUUCUCAUGGUUUUUGCUCAAUUUUGCUACACAUUCCUUUACUUCUUCACAGAAGCUUCUUUCAAACAUGGAAUGAAUCCUCACGUCUAUGUCACCUACAGACACCUUGUAGCUGGUGUUCUCAUGUUUCCCUUUGCCUAUUUCCUUGAGAAAAAAACAAGGCCAAAGCUCACACUCGCAUUGUUCUUGGAGAUAUCUGUACUCUCUCUUCUUGGGGUCGGAUUAACACUAAACAUGUACUUUGCAAGCUUAAGAUACACAUCUCCAACGUUCGUGGCAUCCAUUUCCAACACCAUCUCUUCAUUGACUUUUUUAUUGGCAGUCCUUCUCAGAUUGGAGGGUUUGGAUAAGAGCACACGUGGGAUGGCAAAGAUUGUUGGGACCCUGGUUUCACUGGCGGGUGCGAUGAUCAUGACACUUUAUAGAGGACCUGUUUUGAGGAAUUCAGGGGAUGGUCUCAUUCACAUCCAAGGAAGUACUAAUGUCCACGAAAAUUGGAUGAAGGGAUCCCUUCUUACAGUUGUUUGCUGCAUCACAUGGGCUUUAUGGUACAUCAUGCAGGCAAUCACAUUGAAGAAAUACCCGGCCCAGCUUUCACUAACAACGUGGAUGAACUUUAUUGGUGGGGCCCAAUCAGCUGUUUUCACAGCAUGCAUGGUACACAAACCCAAGGCGUGGACUGUUGGAUUCAACAUCGACCUCUGGAAUAUCCUAUAUUCUGGAGUGGUAGUCUCAGGUUUCGUGAUCUUCAUACAACUAUGGUGCACGGAAGAAAAAGGACCGGUUUUUGUAACCAUGUUCAACCCUCUUGGAACCAUAGUCGUUGCAUUACUAGCAUACUUUGUUCUUGGUGAAAAACUCCACACAGGAAGCAUAAUCGGAGGUGUUAUUGUCAUCAUUGGACUCUACUUGCUGUUGUGGGGCAAAGAAGGAGAUCGUGUGGACCAGAUCAAGUCUCAAGAGCCCUCCUUAUCUUGCGAAGAACCAGCGGAAGAAAGCGAAGAUAAAAGCAUUCAUUUAAGCGGAGAGGGAGAUAAGUUGAAGAUCUAAAUGCUGUAUUGCAAGGGAAAAGGAUCAAAAUCUAUAUAAUAAUUGAUUGCCUCCAGCAGGCGGCACCAUAACUUGUCAUGCAGUCAUGUCUUUGUGUCAACGUACGCGUCGCUAGCAUCAGACAUCAACACCAUCCUAAUAAUGGGCCUUGUCAUAAGGAUAUCUUAUAUCUAAAAGUCAUUUAUAAUCCACACAUCAAAUGGGCCAUACCUGAAUUUUUGUCGUUGCUGAUCUUCAUGGUGGGGCUUACAGUUAGCAUGAUGUAAUUGUCCAACACUAAGUACAAAGUUGGCGGGACAAUAUGUCUUCAUGACAAGUUAUGAUCUAUCUAUAGACGAUUAAUAUCCAUUGGGGUGAUGUAAGAAAGCAGUUGUAUCACAAAACAGCUAUGAAUAAUAAAAAGAAUGGUUUGUAU